CACACAGAAGGCCACGGCUCCGAGCCGCAGUUUAGGCGGGAACCUGCUGUAUCAUAGCCCCUUCCCAAGCUAUUCCUCCUGCUCUCUUCCCUCACAACCACCUUGGUCAGCAGCCGAAAUCUGCAGCAGCCAACGCGCAGCUAUGGCGGUAAACAGCGGCGGGGCAGGAGACGCGCAGCGCGAGCUGUGGCGCGAGGCGCGGCGUCAUAUCGGAGAGUAUGAGUCGCGCACCAGCGAGCUAGCGCUGGACCUGGCUGCGGGGGCCAAGGCGCUGGCUGCAGCGAAGGACGAGCUGGCGGGCUUGAGGCGCGAGGCCCAGUCCCAGCGGGCUGCCAAGGACGCCGCGGACAGGGCGGCACUGGACGAGCAUGACCGCAUGGCGCCCGGUCACGUGCGGCGCACGCAGACGCUGUCGCGGCAACGGGACUCGGAGCUGGCUGAGUCGGGGCGCCUCACACACCAACUGGCGGGGCUGGGCGCACAGUGGGAGGCGGCGGUGGCGGCGGCGCGGGAGCAGGAGAAGGAGCGGCAGACCCACCUGCUGGAACUGCAGGCGCACCUGGACUCCCUGCGGGCCUACCGCAUGCAGUGCCAGCAGCAGCAGCUGCAGCAGGCGCAGCAGGCGGCGCAGCAGCAGGCGGCGCAGCAGCAGCAGGCGCAGCAGCAGCCCCAGCAGGUGCACACCGGAGGCGGCGAGGCAGCAAGCGGUGAUGUGGGCGGUCUGGACGUGGGCAUGACAUGCGGGCAGGGCGAGGACCAGGGCGAGGGCGAGGGCGUCACGGCGCAGGCGGCUUGGCCCUCUGUGGCGGCGCCUGCAGACGGCGCGCAGUGGCACCGGAAGCGGCCGCUGCUGGAGGCCAGUGACGCUGGCAGUGGUGGUGGCGCCGGCGCAUUGGAUGACACCAUGAGUGGUGCUGGCGCCGACCAGCGGCUAGGAAUGGACGUGAUGGACGUGAUGGACGUGUGAGUUAGGGACUUCGGGUUUACAGUCCCCGCAGUGAGAGGGGCGUGAGAUGGUGGUCGCUGGCUCGCUGCUAGAAUGGUGGUGGUGUGGUGGUGCGGGUGGAUCGCGGUGCAUGUGUAUGUGGUGGAUGGCUUGAGAUCGGGGUUCUGAAUUAUGAAAUGGCUGAUGGUAAUGGUGCCUGCUGGGCUGGGGACGAAGGCGCGCGUUGUGGAAUGACGCACCCUGGCCGAGGGCUGAACACAGGCGGGCGCCGGGCCAUGGACAUUCGUCGCCCGUGUGGGCUCGGGUGCCGUAGCACGGCGCAGUACCAAUGGUGGAUAGGGUGUUUCAAGCCGCCCCACAAUAGGAUCCGCGUGGGUGUGUGAUGGGACAGGGUUCAAGGCAGGUUGGCGAGGUCCCGUAGGGUGCAGCCGAUGCCCAGACCCGUAAGCAGACAGCAAACAGUUUGCAGUGGCAGAGCAGAAGUGCAUGGCUGGUCGAACGCCGGCGUUACUGUACCGACAAGUUGCUGGCUGGCUGGAAGUUUGCUGAUGCGCAUUCAAGCCGCCCCACAAUAGGAUCCGCGUGGCAGUACAAUCUUACC